UCGUCUGCUGGCCUCCGAAAUGGGCUCGACUAAUCAGCCCUGAUUUCAUCCACAUUUCCUUAUCAUAUUAACUGUUCCGAAAGCGUAAGGCAGUCGAGGCAUAUCCACAAUGAUAUUUGGAGGUGAGGCGGUGGACGAGGUCAGCUUCAGGUUCUCAGAGCUGGUUCCUGUGGUGCUGAUUGCCUGGCCAACAGGCUCCACUCCCCGUGCUGCACAAUAAAGAGCCUUUCACGCCCAGACAAGACUACACGGCACCGCCAUGAAGCCAGGUCACGAGCGCAAUCAGGAGUGCCUGCCUCCCAAGAAGAGGGAUCUCAACAACAGCACCAGUAGUAGUAGUGCGGGAGGAGGGGCAGGCAGUGGGGUGGGGGGAGGAGGUGGUGGGGGAGGGGGGGAGGAAGUGGCCUCCACUCAGAGCUCAGGGGUCGGUAGUGACACUCAGGGAGGAGGCACAGCAGAAGAGUGGCUGCGUGCACAGCAUGGUCUACACUAUGGAGUAGAAAGUGCUGAGAGCCUCCAAGGGCUGCCCGUUGACCAGUACAGCAUGCUCUAUAGGGUGGCUCUCCCCUCUGUCUCCUACUCCCAGACCAGUCUACACCCAGUGUUAAGCCAUAUCUCUCCAGCUUACACUGUCCCCUCAUCUCUCCUACAGCAUCAUCCAGGGAUCUCCUAUCCCCCUCUAGGCUAUGCCCAGAUCCCCCACUCCUCUUUCCAGUUUGUCUCCCCAUACGGUGCAGUCCCUUAUGCAGUCCCCCCUGGCUUUGUCCCCAGCUCCCUGAUCUCUCCCUCGGGCACCCUCUCCCAGCCCCACCUGGUCCCCUACCAGUCAGUCAUCCAGGAGGGGGUGGUCUCCCCUCCUACCCAGGCCCAUGUAUCUGCCCAUGCCUUUGCAAAAGUGGGGUCGUCUGGAGGUGUCCCGCUGAUGCUGACCUCGGAGCAGGCUGCCCAGCACCAGCAGCACCUGGGCGCGCUGCCCGCCGCAGAGCUCAGUCCUCGGGGAGUGCCAGUCUUUUACCACUCUCAGGGCACCAGGGCUGCACCUGCCCCCUGGGACCCCUACAGCGGGGAGCAGGAGACAGACAGGGAUAGAGAGUUGAAUGGAGGAGGGGAGAGGGAGCAGGCAGCCAGGGAGAUGCUCCAGGACUCAGUCUACAUUGCCAGAAAUGCACGGCUGCUGCAGGCAGCAUCCGCCUCUGUAGCACUGGAGCACGCACAGGACAGAAGCCUGAAGAGCCGCAGGCUGGACGAGAGGGCUUCGCCUGGGCAGCGCAGCACCCCAGACACUGACCUGGAGGUUCAGCAGGUCGUUGGUCGCCUAGCCUCUCCUGUCCAAGGUGUGAGUGGAGGCCGCAAAGAGGUGUCCUUUGGUCCCCUGAACCUAUCCCAGGGCUCUCAGAGAGGCAGAGAGGCUCAUGGGGAGGCAGGUGAGAGUGCUGGCCGGACAGCGUACGCGAUCCACCCUGCGGUGUAUGGAGACCCCCGAAUGACGGCCCAUCAACAGCAGGCAGGGCAGCCAGGCCACGCGGUCAUCUUGGCCAAUGGACAGACAGUCCUGGUCCCCUUAGACUAUCACCACCUCCCCCACCAACAUCAACAGCCACCCCAGCACUACCCCAGCCAGACCAAUGAUGACACCUCUGCUGUCACCAUGGCCUCCCCCACCCCCACCCCCUACUCUAAAGCCUCUGAGUCUCCAGCCAGAGUGGGCCUCCCAGACAGGGCUGUGGUGGAUGUGGCCGCCGUGGAGCAGCACCCCCAGCAGCCUUUUUCUGUCCCAGUCACGGCAGCCCUCACGCAGGCCCUGGUGCCCACCCCUGCCCCCUCCAAUCCCUCCCAUUUCAUGAAGGGGGCCAUCAUCCAGCUAGCCACGGGGGAGCUGAAGCGUGUUGAGGACCUGCAGACUCAGGAUUUUGUGCGGAGUGCUGAGGUGAGCGGGGGGCUGAAGAUCGACUCCAGCAUGGUGGUGGACAUCAGGACCAGCCAGCAGAGACCCGGCCUGGUGGCGCUGCACUUCACAGUUGGCGAGCAGCAGAGCAAGGUGACCAUCGACGUGCCCCCGGAGCACCCCUUCUUUGUGUUUGGCCAGGGCUGGUCCUCCUGCAGCCCAGAGCGCACGGCCCAGCUCUAUGGCCUGGCCUGCCACCACCUGCAGGUAGGAGACGUGUGUGUGUCCAUCACUCUGCAGCAGCCGCCCCAGCAACAGAAACAGCCCCUGCAGCAGCAGCAACAACAGCAGCAGCAGCAGCAGACCCAAGCCAGGACUUCCACCAAAGCCAACUCCACAUCAGGGGCCAUCGGCCAGCCCAUGGGGCCCCCUGCCCCCCAGCAGCCCAGGCCACAGCCUCACUUCAGGAUGGAACGCAUCCACAGAGAGAGGGAGAGGGGGGAUAAAGAGGAGCCCAUGCAACUAGGGGGUGUUGGGCAGAGUGAGAUGCCUACCAGACCAAAUAGGACUUCAGCAGAGCACACUAGGAGCCAGAGCAGUUACUAUUUGCACACGGAGGGUUCUGCUCGUCCAGGGGCGGGGGUGGGAGUGGUGUCGACAGUGUCGAGCGCGUCUCAGAGGCGCUGGUCCGCCCCCGGCCUUCAGAGAUGCAUGAAGGUGGAGGAAGGAGCGCACCCUCAGCUGGGCUCCUCUCGACCCUCCUUCAUCCCACAGGAGGUCAAACUGUCCAUUGAGGGGCGCUCUAACGCUGGGAAGUAGCACCAACCACAGCACAGAAGAGACUGUCAGAGGAGUGAAAACAUCAGAAAGGGGGAGUGGGAAUGUAGCCUCAGAAUGUUUGAUAUUUUGCACACCUAAUAAGAUUACAAGCUCUUUGUUUUCAGAGGAACUACCUGGUCUCGUGGCUGGUCAGGUCCGCUCUAUUUGGCAGUCAGUCAGGACAGCUCCUGGUCCAGUGAUCAGGAGAUUGGGUCUCUGCUCUCCCAGGCUGACAGGGAGCGGAUGCAGAAGCAGGGAGUGUAUGUAGCUGGUGAAUCACCUACCAAAGUCCUCAGACUGCAUCUUCCUUCCUUCCUCCCUACCGCCCUACCAACCCCUCAGAACCAUCCUUAUCACAGGUGAACCAACCCUCAGAACCAUCCUUAUCACAGGUGAUCGCAUUCACUGGACUUUCUCUCUUCUUUGACCAAACCAUCUCUGGAAACCCAAGACUGGGGAGAAUAUAUAGCCCAUGUCUGGUAGACAGACACAGGGUCUGACAGUGACAAGAACAUAGCUAUCCUAUUAUGCUCUGUCUCUCCCCACAUUUCUAUUUUGGUCUGUUACCUUCAAAAGCGUUCUCCAAAAAGAAGAAAAGACUAAAGACACACUUGCGGUGCUGAAUUGCUGGUAUCGGCACAUAGAUGCUUUUCCCUCUAAUGAUGUUGGUUCUCUUGAUGCAGACUCUUGACGUGUGUCAUCGUCACUUAGUGUGCUUCUCUAGUAGGAGCAGAGGACUUCUACUAAGGCACAGACACUCUCCCUCAUCUCCCUGCCUCUCCUCGUAGGGCCCAGUCUGCUGAGAGAGGGUCUGAGAGGAGGGCAGGCAGCCUUAGAGGUCUUUCAAUCAGCUCCUUCAAUCAACCAAUCAGAACCUAGGAAACCGCUCACUCCUUUCGUAAGGCACCAACCACGCUUCCCCGUUUUUCAUUUUACACCCCAACCCCACUUUGUGCCACGGUUACAUGUCAGUUUUCCUUUCGAAAGAAACCAAAAGAGAUCAUGCAUUCCAGCAUCAUAGUGAUUAUCAGAGUGACCACAAGACAACACAACACUCAUCUUCCCGAAUGCAGCCCUUCCUGCCUGCUAUACCUCUCAGCAUUCCUCUGGCUUGUGACUGUUUACUGUAUUGUAUUAGUAGGCACCACUACUGGAGGCACGGGCUGGUCUCCACCAAUGUCACCUGUGGGAAUGAUCCCUGUAUGGAGCAGUACUGGCUGCAGGCAACUGGCCUGCUCAGGCUGCAGCCCGUCAUGGACGGUGAGGGCCAGAGAGUGAAACCUCCCCAUAGAGCCAUGUUGGCCCUCUCAGUGCAGCAGCCCCUGGGCCUAUAAGGGGGAACCCUGUGUGUGUUGGAGGGGAUGAAGUUGGACCUGCUUCAUACCUUUUUCACACUAUUGUCCCAACACAAACUGGGGGGAUCUUUUGGCUUGCUUUCCAGUGAAUAUAAUUGGUUUAAGGUUAGCCUGCCAUUUUCCAGCCUGGUUUAGGUUGUUCAUAGCUAGCUAACUAUGUGCCUCUGCUCGUUUAAAAGCAGGAUGGCACUAGAUAUGUUAUCUGGCCAGGUCAGCUUACACGACGGUGUGAAAUGGGUAUAUGAGACCAGUCAAUCCUUGCUCAGUUACCAAAAUCAAAGCAAUAGUGGCUUUUCUGUUUAUUUGGGGKUUUCUGUGUAUUUUGUUAUUAUUUUUAUAUAAAUAUACAGCUUGCGUAUCAGACCUAAUACUAUCUUUAACCCUGACCUGAAACGUUCCUGCUUUUCGAAGGUGAUGCACAAUUUGGCUCUGAAAUGUUUUGAUCUUUGUAUGGUUAUUACAGAUUCACAAUCAAAGCAUGCCUUUUGAAAUUAUUUUUAUUUAAAAAAMCAGGCAUUUCUUCUGGAGAGAAUAGUCUCCUUUUUGAUGGACUGAAGGUUCGGGCUCUGAUCAUCACUGAUAGUAUUCAUUAUGGUUUUAUAUGGUUAACCUAUAUAGUUACUCUAUAUGGUUUUAUUCAAGUGCAUCUCCCAGAGAGGCUUGACUCCAAAUCAAUGGUGAGCAUCUUAACUGUCCUCUGUUUUGUCCUCUCCAUUGUCUUUUAAUCUACUUGUGUACAUGUAGAAUUGUUUUAUUCUGUCCAUGGCAAUAUUAUUUCCAGUUGACCUUAAUAUUGUCUUGUAUUGCACAUAGAAAAAUUCACCUGUUGAUUCACACUGACCUUGUAAUGGGAAUUACAAAUAGUUUAUUUUUUUUAUGAAGGGAUUUUUUUGUUUGUAGCUAUUACAUUUUUUGAAGUGUUCUUAAAGUAGUUUUGGCAAUAGAGAAACUGACUUGCAUGGUUGACACUGUUUACAAAUUAGCCAAGAAAAAAUGCUGCAUUUUCCUUUUUCGGACACAGAUUUUAGUCACAAACUUCAAGUGGAUAAAAUCAAGAUGACGUGCAAUUAGAGCAGAUGUAAAAAUCACCCAGACAUUUAGUUUGAUAUGUCAUUCCAUAAAGCAGCCAGACAUUUAGUUUGAUAUGUCAUUCCAUAAAGCAGCCAGACAUUCAGUUUGAUAUGUCAUUCCAUAAAGCAGCCAGACAUUUAGUUUGAUAUGUCAUUCCAUAAAGCAGCCAGACAUUCAGUUUGAUAUGUCAUUCCAUAAAGCAGCCAGACAUUCCCAUUAGCUUAUGGUAAUUCCAGUUUUCUUUUUUCUUCUAAAAUGUCUUCACUGUUAUUCCUCUUGUCAGAAAGACAUUUCACCUCAGUUUUGUCUAGUUUUAAUGUCUCUGGUCACUUCUGAACCGGUAGUCCUUGUCUGUAAAUGAUGUGUAUUUGUUUUGAUAUCACCUGUGUCACAAGAUGUGCUCCAACACAGAUCCAAGCAUUAAUAUCCCAGGCUCACUGAUACUGUGUGAGAAGGUAACUGUGUGUUAGAGCAUCUAUCUACUGGCCUGGCUGUACCUGUAUCCUGGGCUUUGAGCUCUGAGGUGAAGACUGGUGAUUGUGUGUGGUGACAUCCCAAUGCCUUCUUACGGACUUGAGUCCCUCAUCCACGCUAUUUAUAGACGGCUGUAUCAAAUCUAGUUCAUACACCCCUUCCAACCCCACCACCCUACUGCCUCCAGAACAUUUCUGUUGAGUGGAGCCUCCAAGGACUCACGGUUCACUGAGGAUAAAACAUCAGACAGUCUUUGACAAUAAGCCAUGAGAGAAUGUUCCUGAAGGAGAGGGGCGGUCCGUUAGGCCUGAUCAAGGCAGAGUCACAUGCCAUUUGAUACCGUCAUAACAAACAAUCUGUAAUUUUGUUGAAAUAUAAAUGUUUUUAAAUACGAUAGUGAUCAAAUUCCAUACAGAGAUGAGCUGGAGGAUUUUCCACAGUGGAGCAGUAGACAUUUAGCCAUAAACCGCUCAAUACUUAAUUUAUUUUUUUACAGUAAUUUACGUUUAUAUAUUUUUUUAAUGCUAUAAGCAAUACAGUUAAACAGAAUACCUGAAAAUAUGUCAUGUAGUAUAAGGAUGUGCUAUGCAGUAAACUCUGAAGUAUUCUGCUCUUCAGUGACCAAGUGUACCUACUACGGGGUAGGACAGGUUUGUAAUGUAUAUAAGAAGGUGGCUGAUGCAGUCAUUGUACACUGAUCUCUCUAUUUGAGUACUAUUGCUUAUCAGUGCCCACCCUUGGGUGUCURAAUAUAGUGGAUUUAUUUUGUUUUUGUUUGGUAGUUUUUGUUCAGACCCUUAGUUGUCACUAACCUACGUUCAGCACAGUGUUUUGUUCCAGUCAGCUCAGCUUAUGACCUUCACCUUCCGCUGCCAGGCAGUACGGGCCAAAUCAUGACCAGAGAUAGGUAUGCAUGUGUCACUCCAAUUUUGAUGUAAAUCUGUCGUUAACGUCUAUGGAUUUGUGCUGAAAUUCAAAUGAUGUGCAUGGAUAUCCAGUUAGAUUUUGGCCUUAUGAUCUCUCUUGGUCAAGUGUGUAUGUGUUGUGAAUGGGUUGCAUCUCAUGUCCCACCUCCCUGGGGGCUCUUCCAGAAAGCAGGAUCAAUGAGUUAGCCAGCUAACGGUCCCCCAAAAAGCAGGAAGAACUGCAUUUUUUAAUAGAAAUAUGAACUUUGACAUUUGUAAUGGUAUAAUUGACUUGACAACCAACAAUCCAUAUUCAGGUUGUUUUCUAAAUAAAAAUUGAGAUUUAUUUGGCUGCUUAUCAAAGUUACCUGGCUAAGGUAAUGAUCCUGCUUGCUGGAACACCCCACUGCUCAUCACUUUUUCCUCCAGAUAUUCUUACUGCAGUAAAAUAUCAUUAACAGAACUCCUCACAUGCACAAACAGCACUUCUGUGUCUUACCACCUCCUCUCCUCCCUUUGCCAUGCCACACAACAUGUGUAUCAAACUCAGUAUUCUGGUCUGGGACAACCAUUCUAGGUGCAAGCAGUGCCUCCUGUUUCUUUACCUCUUCCUCUCUGUCUUGAACACGGUAUGAGGCAGUGGCUGUAUGACCACUCUGACUCUCAGCAGACAGUCAAGUGGACAGGCACAUUAGCAGCUGUUACACUCAGACUAGCAUCGUUCUCAGACUUCUCCUCGGAGCGUGAAAGUGCUACUUCAGCAGUUUUCUAGGUUCUUCUCUUGACUCUAACCAUCGUAAGAAAGGGGAAACAUUUGACCUGUACGUUUUUGACCWCACUCUUAUUACAAUUUUAGUCAAAGAAAAUUGCACUAAUUUGCCAUCCUUUAUAGUAUUAUAAAAUGAACGGUUAGUUAAUUGAAGUUUUUAAUUAUUAGCGCUAAACACAAAACCCAAUGAAACAAUCACUUGACCGUUGUGCAUGUUUGUAGAGAUAAUGUUUUGUAUGGCUAUUAUCAAGCUUGUCAAUAACGCCUUAAGAUCUACUUUGUACAAUGUGUUAAUGGAAUGAUGCUUAUAAGUGACCCAGUUUCCCUCUUUUUCUGUAGCUGCAAAGGUGGAUUAGUUCACUCUUGUUGUAUUGACCCCCUCUUGGCACUCUCCUGGUGUUUUUAUUCAUAAGCAGAAAGGCAUUUGGAGAUGGACUGUAUCUCUGGAUAGGGAUAGGUUACAGGGAGGGAUCAUGUUAGGGUGAGUCCCUAUUGCUGCUUGAAAGCUGGACCAGUAACUGACUCACUGUUGUUUUUUUACACACACACCACCCUCUGUUGUUCAUGUGAGUGGACGUUGGGAGUAGGUCCCUGAAGGUGAGGUAGUGCUCAAUGUAUUUUAGUUCUGGUCCUGUCUGAUCUACAUGGGAGAGAACGUGAGGCUUUUCAAACCAGUGACAACUUUCCUUUAUUGGUAACUGUAUGGUCUGUUUUUGUUUUGUGAUUAUGGAAAAAGGCUUUAUGACCCUUGUAUAAAGUAGCCCUGUUGGUCUGAUCUUGUAUGACUGAGGUAAAUAGACUGGAUGGGAUGGUGUUGUCGCCAGGCACUAGAGAUUCAGAAUUAAAUCAGGAAGAUGAGAAUGGUUAAAAGUUAAUGGAGUGGUUGGGUAUUUUCAGAUUUUACAUUUGUAUUUUGGCACUGCUUUUUACGUGACAUUUGACUAGUUUUAAAAGAAACAGCAUCUUUUUUUWAAGUAUAAAAUCUGCAAAAUAUAUGCAAUGAUGUAUGUAAUAUUCAAUCCUCAAAUAUAAUCCAGGUUGUAUAAACUUUUGUAUAGUGAGUUUUAAUAUCGUAUGGCCGUACCAAUAUGUAUUGAUUCUUAUCAAAAGCCUUAGUUGUCUACCCAAAGUGCUCCCUUAGAAUACAGUACCCUACACCUACCUGAACUUUACAAAGCAUUAAUAACUAUAUUUUGUUGCGUUUUUUAUUUUUAUUUGUACCCUUUUUGAAUAAAAUAGAUUUGUACUGUAUAUUUGUACCGCUGUGAACAACUUAAGGCUGUUUUGUUUUUGUUUUGCUGUUUUAAUUCUAUGUACUUAAGGACACAAAGAUAUUGUAUUUUUAUUGUAACAGGUAACUUCUUGGAGACAUUGCAUUUAUCAUGUUUGUUAAGUAAACACAAUAAUAUAUAUAUAUA